AUUUAGUCUUGUCGAUUCUAUUCAAAGGCUUGAGAAUAAAAUUAGACAUUUUCAAUCUGAUCCAUCUAAAUAAAAAAAGAUUGUAUUCAAUACAAUUAUCAUAGGUUUUUAAGUAUUAAUAAUAACUUGGAAUGAUGCUCAAUCAAAAAGCAGAAUCAGAGCUUCAAUUAAAUAAAUUAGAAUCUUGUUACACUUAUCUUUAAAAGGCUCAAUAAAUUUGUUUAUUAGUCCCAACACUUAAAGUAUUUAUUCAAACCAAUUAGUUAUAAACUUUGAAUAAUCUCGCUUUAUAUCACUAAAAAAUUAAUUAACCAUAAAGAGCACUAAAUUACUUGAACUAAGCCUUAAAAAUUCAAUAUACGUAUAUUAUAAUUAUUUAAGUUAAGAUAAAAUUUUGAUUCAUCCCUAGCUAAUACUUAUUUAAAUAUCAGUGCCAUUUAAUCUUCUCUAGAAUGUCAUGAUGGAGCACUUUAAAAUAUAUAUCUAUCCAUAAUAUUACUCUAACAUGAAUUAUUAAUUGAAGGAUUAAAAUGCAAUAUAGAAUUAUAACAUUAAUUGAAUCUUCAUAAAUUAUAGAGUAAUUUAUUAUCAAAUGGGUAACAAUAUUUUAUUUUUAAUUUAGAACUAAUUUUUAAAUUGAUGAAUAUUUAAAAAUUGAUCGAGCAUAAAUUUUGAUUGCUGCAUAUCACAACUUAAGUCUAGAAAUGGAAUAUUUCAAAAAAAAUGAAGAAGCCAGAAAAAUUAUAGAGUCUGCUAAGACUUUAUCCGAGUUUAUAUUGCAACCCUCUCAUUCUUUAAGAUAGAAAUUAAAGGAAAUAUCAGACAAACAUAUUAAUAAUAAAAUCUAAAAAUCAUAAAAUUUAAAUCACAGAAGCAUUUCCUUUGAUGAUAGAAAUAGCAAUAGUAUACGUCCAACUAAAUCGUCAAAGUAUCAUUUUUAAAGAUAGUUUUCCAAAGAUAAUAAUUGUAUAUAAUUACCUCAAAACCCUAAAACUAUCCUUAAGAAUACCCCACCAAAGUUAAUGAAACAUUAAAAAUUCAUAACGGAAAUAAACCAAUCAAAAUCAUCUACAAAAAUUAACAAAGUAAUUAAUCCAUUAGAAAUAAGUUAUACAUUAGAUUGA